ACGCGACGAGAGCUGAGUGUAAACAUGGCUUUACGAUACUUAGUUUCGUUGUCUUUGGUGGUCGCAGUUCUGGCCGACCAGACCUCACACGUCAGCAUCAGUCUCGGCGGUGCUCCUGCUGUCAGCCAUCACAGUUCCUCUCACCAUGCGCGCCCUUCAUACCACCAUCAACCUACCUACCAUCCACAGCCCGCCUACCAUCCACAACCUUCCUAUCACCCUGCUCCCGCUUAUCACCCACAGCCUUCCUAUGAGCAUGAACACGAAACUGCUGUGCCAGAAUGUGCUGCCAACGCAACCAAAUCAUGGUGCCUACAAGACGACCAUUAUCCCACCUACGAGGUCAAACACGCAGCCGAGCAUCACUACGAGAAGCUCCUCUCUCUCUAUGCUGACGUAGCUGACCUCAACACCGAGCUGUCUGUGGACCGACCAAAUACCCUGGAUGAGGAAACUUACUUGUGCCCAUCAGAGACCGCUUACAUCAAGCCCCUUCGUGCCCAGAACACCGAGAAAAAAUGGCGUGUCAUUGUAAACAAUAUCGAUGUCCAUUAUCAGACUCUCACUCAGACUACACGUAUCGAAGAGUGUCUCACUUCCGGCGAUGCAUGUCCUCUGGUGCCUGACUGCUACGAGUCCAAGUGUCUGCAGAAGUCCAUCUACCACCGCUUCCUUGUCUACGACCCCUAUGAUCAGUACUUCCCCUUCGCCAUUGAGACAUUCAAGCUUCCCGCCAGCUGUGCUUGUCUGUUGGGUGCCUACACCAUCGAUCAUUAGUCACCAAACAGCUGAUCUCAAGCCAUAUUGAGGGGAGGGGGGGGGGAGUGUGAACUUAACAGAAAUUCAAUAUUUUAUCAUUCUUAGUGCCCUGGGAAGAAGGCAUACCGUCCAUGGAAAGUUGUGAAGUACGUGAAGAAAGCAGUUUUCUAGCCAUCAAUUUGUUAUAAUAUCUACCAAAAAUGAUGAUAACUGAAUAGAUCUAACUCCCUCUCUUUUGUAAAACAUGAAAAUAAAUAUAAUUUUACGUA